GUAUCUGUGAGUGGAGCAUUGUUGCACACCUUGCCCAGCAAUCAGAACCAGCAGGUGAGAGCACUUGUCAUGAGGGUGGGAGAGGCUGUUACUCUGGGAGCUUCUUCUGGAGUUAAUUAUGGAAUCUCUCCAGUAACCGAUUACAUACACUAGCCAGAAUAACCUGCUUGAUGAGAUCAUUUACAAGUGACAUUUGGUCAAUGCUAGUUCAAUAUUAUUACAUUGUAAUAUAAUGUCCAGUGGCAGUUAUCAGUCUUUAAGUCUUUCCAGCAUCCAUUCAGAAGCAGCAAGACAAGUGUGUGAAAUAUGGGGCUGUGAGCUGAGUGCAUCCUGCAGGACAUGUGUAUUUGAGAUUGAAGAGGAUUAUCUGGUGCAUUUUCUGGAACUGUGGACGAUAUGCCUUGGAGCUACAAGGAUAAAGGGAACUCAAGUGAUUGCAGUGGAGACAAACCACACUGAUGGGGAACCCAUUACAAUCGCUACUCUACAUCCUAAUCUACUACCUAUGGUAGUUAAUGUACAUGGCUUAGAGUUUAUCCCACCUGUAACCUUCAGCCUUAGAUCCGGGUCUGGCCCAGUGUACAUCUCAGGACAGCAUAUAACCUUGGAAGAUAAUGUGGAUUCUUCACUAGAAGAGGAGGUAACUGUAAGUUUUAGUUAGCUACAAGAGGGACUACAGAAUGAUAUUCUGCCCACCUGCGAGAAGUCUGAAACCUCCUCAGUACCAGAUGACAUUAGUAAAUGGAACAUCCUUUAAAUGUUAAUUAUAGCUAUAGACCAAGCAUUUGUGAAACUGUUUACCUUCAUUAAACCAUGAACUACAACUACUCUGUAUUUCUGAAUUCAUGCUUUCGUGAAAAUACACUACGUAAAAUGAUAUAAUUAAAUAUAAACUUGUUUUUU